GAUGAACUCCUCAUUCUGUAUCAAGACAUUGCAGAGAAACUCUCAAGGUAUCUUUUCAUAUGUGAAAGACCUCCCCAAAAUCACAGAGGAAGCUCUCAGAAAGUGUGAGACAAUCCUUGAACGAGACAUCAUCCAGAAGGACAUCUCCAAAGAGAUGCUUCAUAAAAUGGACACACUUUCGAAUGAAUGCUGAAAGAUAUAUGAUUCCUCAGUAGUCAUGAGAAAUGCCUUCCUCUCUCCUACUUAUGAGGAACAUAAAAGACCUGAUUAUGAGGAUCUUGUGGGAACCAUUGAUAAGGUUACAUCAAGAAUCGGCUCUUUCUUUACUCAAUUGAACACCAAUGAAGAUCUUUACAAGAAAAUUUCUCAAGCAAAGGAGCCAGAGUUCUGGGAUACCCUUGAUCGAGGAGAGAAGAGCUUUGUGAAUCAGAUGAUUAAAGAACUCACUCCAUACCAGACAGGCCACACUGGCCACCUUGAUCAAAUCCAGCGUGUGAUUGAUGAUUUAACCAGAAAAUUCAUAAUGAACCAAUAUAACCAAAGUUAUACUAUAAAACUCACUAAAAAGGAGCUGAAAUCAGUUUCUCCAACUUUGAGAAGAUAUUUAGAGAGCCUCCAAGGAAAGGAUGCUGCUGAAUAUGAGCUUACAGGGGAUAAGAGCAUCCUACAGUUCAUACUGCAUUCUCCGUCAGAGGAAAUAAGAAAGAAGUAUUUCAUUGCCCAAGCUGAGGCCAAUAAGGAGAAUAUCCCACUUAUGCUCCAGAUACUUUACUCCAGACUAAAGAAGGCCAAGAUCUUAGGCUACAAGAACUCUUAUGAGUUAAUGAAAGAGGAUAAGGGAUUCAUGAUCGAAGACCCCAUCACUGCUCUUGAGAAUGCAAGGAAAUAUGUCAAAACUAGUUCUAUAAAUUCAGUGUACUUCAAAAAGCAACUGGAGACUGUCCUCAUGGCUAAUGAUGAUAAGCUAGCUCAUAUUCAGCACUUAUUCUCUGUUGAUAAUGUACUCAAAGGUGUCUUGUUCAUGAUUACAGAAAUUUUUGGAGCCAAUACCAAGGUCUUCUUGGUAAAAGUGAAGCAUUCUGGAGAGAUAGAAGAGAAAUUAAUCAAAGAGACUUAUACAGAUCCAGCCAAAGCAGGAAUUGAUAUCACGGAUGAAAUUGAGAUUCCGAAUGACCCUAAUACUGCUACUCUUUUCAGGAUUGACUUGGAUUACAAUGGAGCCCAUAGUGAAAUCUAUCUUGAUCUUUUUGAGAGAAACCAUAAAUCUAAUGGGAGAGCUGCAACAUUUACCAUUCAAGGUUCAUGCAGUAAAUGCGAUGGUGACCAUCAACACCCGAUUGCUUAUAUGAUAAAUUCAGUGAGCCUUGAGCAGCCAUUCCUUACCUUCCAGCAAAUAAGAGAUGUAUUCCAUGAGCUUGGUCAUGCAAUGCACAUUGCUCUCUGUAAAACUGAGUUCCAGUUGAUUAAUGGAGCUAGAGUUCCAAUAGAUUUUGCAGAAGUGCCAUCUAAUUUUACUGAGAACUAUGUAUUUGAUUACAAUUUUAUCAGCAAAUGGCUCAUUGAUCAUGAAGGAAAACCCAUAGAUAAAGAAUCUUUCGAUAAAAUUAUUUUCAAAGAAAGAGCUGCAGAAAUGAUGGAGCUCCAAGAGACAUUCUACUUCUCAUUAAUGGACCUCUACUUGCAUAAUUUAGAUGAGAAAGAUCUUACUGAGGAAAAACUCAUCGAGCUUCAUUCUAAAGCUCUACCAACUGGGUCAAUCUCAGAUGCUCUGUUUAGCCAGUCAGAUGUCAAAGAGAUUCUUGGAGAUCUCUCGAAUGAAGUUGAUCUCUCACAAUCAUCCUCUCUGAAACUGACUAGCGAAAGCUUAAAACUCCUACUCAGAAAAUUUGAUAAUUAUGAAGAUGUGUAUAGAAAUAUCUUAGAAGAGAUAAUUGAUGAGAAAUCAGUAAAGUCUACAGACCCAAUAAUUGAAGAAGAUAGUAAAAACAGAGGAGAAUUUGAUGAGAUGAUCCACUCUUCUCUCUGUCUUCUAUUCUCACUUCCAAACUAUGAAGCUAGCUACUACACGUAUCUCAUCGCUAAGCCUCUCUCUGUAAUGUUGCAUUCCUUUCAGCCAAACAAGAGCUCAAGGUUAUCUCCAGAGAUCUUAGAGAUUUAUGAACAAGGUGGAGAAUACGACAUUCAGGAACUACCCAAGAAGAUAUUCUAAUAUCUUGCACUAACGCGUCA